UUUUAAAUAUCAAAAACAUUGAAUCCAAAAAAAAAUUACAUCAUCUUGGAACAAGACUAUCUAAAAUCAUGGGCAACACAGUGACAUCAGCAACAACAGUGUUUGCAGCUGACCAAUCAUCAUCAAAAACAAAAUCAACUCAUCAACAUGUGCAUCAAAGCAUGGAAGGUACACCACCACCAGAAUGUCCAAUGCAUAAACCAGCUGAUCCGAAAGAAAAACAACAACAAGCUCCAAAAAGUGAAUGUCCAAUUGAUCACACAAAUCAAAAUGACAUUAAUCCUCUAAAUAUGAUGCCACCAGCAAAUCAAACACCAUCUCCAGAUCAGCCAUUUCCAUUACCAACUGAUAGACAAGUAUCAACAAUACCAAAAGCAUCUGGUGAUGGUGACUACUGGGUUUAUCCAUCACAACAAAUGUUCUGGAAUGCCAUGAAAAGAAAAGGUUGGGUAUGGCAAAAAGAUGAUGUCAAACCACAAGACAUGGCUGAUAUUAUUAAAAUUCACAAUGCAAAUAAUGAACAAGCUUGGCAAGAAGUACUUAAAUGGGAAGCACUACAUGCAACAGAAUGUUGUAAUCCAAAACUCAAAAGUUUUGGUGGAAAAGCUAAAGAUUAUUCACCACGUGCUAAAAUUCGUAAUUGGAUGGGCUAUGAAUUACCAUUUGAUCGUCAUGAUUGGAUCAUUGACAGAUGUGGAAAAGAUGUUAGAUAUGUUAUCGAUUAUUAUGAUGGUGGUGAAAUUGAUAAAGAUUAUAAAUUUGCACUUUUGGAUGUCAGACCAGCAAUGGAUUCAUUUGACAAUGUUUGGGAUAGAAUGAAAGUUGCUUACUGGAGAUGGAGAUUUGCUGAUAAUAAUGAUCAACAACAAACUGUAACUGGAUCAUAAUUUAUAUAUUAGAAAUUGAAUUAAAAUUUGAUGAUUCAUAGAUUUUUUUUUUCUUUUUCUUUUUGUCUACCUUGGAUAAAUACUCAAUGACCUAGUUAACUUUUUUGUGAUUUUAAAAAUAUCUUAAUUUAUUUGUUGUCAUUUAAUUUCAUCAGUAGAAUUUACUUUCAACUUUUAAGUUCAGUAUUUAAAUAGAAAAUUAAAGAAACCAAAAUGUUAUUAGAUUAAUAAUUUAACAUUUAAAAUGUCAAUUGAGGUAAAAAUAAAAUUAUUGAUAAUAAAAUCAUCAAUUUAUUGACACAA